UCGUGGCCGCGCGCCAGUGCCGUAGUCGAGUGCGUCGCGAGUGUACGUUGAGUCGUUGAUACGUUCGAUUCGACUAGCGGCCAACUUCAAUUGCGACCACAACUGUAAACACCAAACCAGAUACGUAACUACAGACUAGGAACCGGUCUCGAGGAGUAUACAGUGACAUCGAUGUGUUCAGUGACCGUUACUGUGUUUCAGUAUUUGUGAUAGCGAUUAUAUGUGUCAGUGAAAACUGUUUGUUUGUAUGCGAUGACCUGUGGAAAAAAGUGUGUUUGGAUUAUCCAGACGGUGAAUGUUUAAUAGAGGGGAGGCAGUGACAAUGGCUGCUCUAACAAUGUAUCGGUUUUGAGCAAAAUGGCCGUCGCGCGCGCGGUCCUGGUAUUGCUAGCAUCCACUGCACAAGCAUGGAUGCCUGACGCCAACGCUAGAAUUCAUGUCAAAUAUGGCGACGAAACUCCGGAGCAGUUUGUGGGCAACACGACGGGACCAAACCACUUCCGUGUUCUAGACAAAGAUGACUUCUCUAUUUUAGUUGGUGGCAGGAGCACAGUCUACAACCUUAGUCUGUACGAUUUAUCAGAAAAUGUAGAGCAGCGCAUAGAAUGGCAGUCCACAGAUGCUCACAGAGAACUUUGCCAGCUGAAAGGGAAGUCUGCAGACGAUUGUCAGAACUACCUGCGAGUAGCGACGCGGGCGCAUGGUCGGCUGCUGGUCUGCGGCACCAACGCCUUCAAGCCGAUGUGUCGCAGAUAUGCACGACACCCACCCAACCACCAUCUCGAAGAGUUCGACGGCACUGGCAGGUGUCCCUAUAACCCGCAACAUAACUCCACCGCCAUUUUCACUGAUGGCCACCUGUAUACAGCGACAGCGGCAGAUUUCUCUGGCUCGGAACCCCUGAUAUACAGAGAACCAGUGCGUACUGAACACUCGGACCUACGGUUGUUGAACGACCCCUCAUUCGUCGGCGCUGUGUCAUCUACCAGCCAUGUCUACUUCUUUUACCGUGAAACUGCUGUGGAGUACAUGAACUGUGGAAAGGCUGUAUAUUCGAGAGUAGCGAGAGUUUGCUUGAACGAUAAAGGCGGCCCGCACCCUUUCAACGAUCGAUGGACCUCAUUUCUCAAAGCCCGAUUGAACUGCUCGAUAGCCGGAGAAUAUCCUUUCUAUUUUGAUGAAAUUCAAGCGACAACCGAAAUUAUCAACGGCAUAUAUGGAAGUGGCAACUCCCGAAAUGAUAUAGUCUACGCCGUGUUCACUACGCCACAGAAUGCAAUCGGUGGAUCAGCAGUAUGCGCCUUUUCCAUGAGGGAUAUUUUAGAUGCAUUCGAAGGACCAUUUAAGGGCCAAAAGAACAUGAACUCGAAUUGGCUGCCAUUGCCAAAAGAAAAAGUGCCGCAUCCGCAACCCGGGUCGUGUGUAGAAGACAGCAGGACACUAUCUGAUUCUGCGAUAAACUUUAUCAAAACGCAUCCACUAAUGGAUAGGGGAGUACCGUCAUUUUUAGCUCGACCGGUCCUAAUAAGAGUCAGUUUGCAGUACAGAUUCUCUGCUAUCGCUAUCCAUCCGCAAGUUCAAUCGAUGAAUGGUAAUAAAUACGACGUAAUGUACGUCGGCACAGAUGACGGAAGAGUCAUUAAAGCUGUCAAUGUAGCGUCUAAUGAGGGAGUCUUUGAUUCGAGCAUGGACGAAUAUAGUAGAAACCCCGUAAGAACUGCUGUGAUAUCCGAAGUGCAAGUGCUGCCGCCGGGCGUUCCGAUAAAACAAAUGCACGUCGCUCUCACUACCGAGAAACUGAUCGUCUCGUCCGGAGAUAUUAUAAAGGCUGUCACGUUAUCACAUUGUCCAAACAUUCAAUCAUGCAGAGAAUGCGUUGCUCUACAAGAUCCCCAUUGUGCGUGGGAUUCCAAACAACAACAAUGCGCCUGGGUUGGGAACAGACAAUUCCCGAAUCCGGAAAGAUUCUUACAAAAUAUCGAAACAGGAAAGACUGACAUCUGCAAUAAACUACCCGCACUCUUACCGAGUGAAAGACACAACAACAGAAGUCCUGCAACGAAGAAACCAACGCAAACAGAACCAAACAGGCUGCUACCAAAUAACGAUAUCCAAAAUGAAAUUCUUAUAGAAGUAGUCGAAACUAACGUUUUGUCAGAGGAAAAGGGUUCCAGUAACAAUAAACAUGAAACAGAUUUAUUGACUGUUGAGGCAGCAGAAAACAAUAUCUACAGUGCGCAAGCUUUACUGACUGCCGUGGUGGCGUCGUGUCUAGUGACUCUCAUGGUGGGCUUCGUCAUUGGAUAUCUUUUCUCUCGGCGAUUUCGUCACCCUUUUUUCACGGAUACUUCGCCGUUCAAUGAACAACACAACCACUUAAACAGGCUCAGUCCAUUAGAGACACCGCUGAAUGUGAACUCGGGGUACAACAUGCCCCCGAGGUCGAAGAAUGUCAACAUGGUGGCCAACGUCUGCCCGCUCGCCAAACAAGACAAUCUGCACCUCGAGCUAGGUAAAGAGCGCACGCUCGACCUGCGCAACUCGACCGAAUCCCUCGACAAAGACUUGAAGUGUGGUACCCUGCAGAAGGUGAAAAAGACUUACAUUUGAAACAUAACCCAACAAACUGUAUACGGUACCAUUGCGAAGUGAUAAAGUGUGACAAUUUAGUGUGUAGUGUGCCAAGUGGUGUUGUGGAACUGAGAACUUGUAAAUAUUCCGUUUAUAUGUACAGUUUACAGUAAAGACUCGUUUAAUUUUUACUACGAACGUAAACAAAAUGCAUUUAGACGUUACGUUACUAGCCGCCAGUAACUCUACAAAGGACCUUUUUAUUGGAAUUUUAAACUGUAACCACUUGUGUAAUUUAAAAACGGGGCUGUUUUUAUUGUGUACGACGUUAUCAGUUAGAUUAAUUAAAUCUAUUCAUAAGUAUCUAAGUAUAAAAUGAAUAUCAACAUGGACAAUUUUGCAAAUUUAUAUACCUAGGUAUUCCAUUUUGUAAGCGUAAUAUGAUUGAUAAUAUACCUUAUAAUUGUCUUCACCGUAAACGUCUUAGCUAAUAAUGGCCUCAAUGCCCUGUAGUUUGUUUAUCAUAUCAUUUACGGAGAUUAUUGUGGUUUCAGAUACAUAUAAUACUAAAUGUGACAAUCGCUGCCUGUAUUUAUCCGCUUUCCACUUUACAUUAUUCCAAAGGAAAUCUUCGUGUAUUGUCGAUUCAGUAUUAAAUGGUAUAAUUAUACAUUCCAUAUGUUAGUAAAGUAGCAAGUAAAAUUUGCGGAGCAGCUCUUUGUAAAUAAAUAAAAAUGUGUAUAUAGUGCUAAUAUUAGCGACUGGGCUUAAGGACAUCGACAUAGAGAUGACAAAACAGUUUUGAUAAGACCAUUAGCUAAUUUAACCAAAUUGAUAAUUCGAGCAAUACAAAUAUUGUUACGAUAUUGAAAUGACAACUGAUACAAAUCUUGCGAUUUACAACUCACACUUUUAACUUGACAAUGACAUCAUGUAGUUUUUGGGUGAUUAUAAAAAUGUGGACAUUCUAGGAAAAUCAGAAAAUUUUAAAUUUGCUGAACAUAUUCAGAUUAGCGCAAAUGACACUUUAGAUAACUCUUUAGUAUGUGUUCGAUUAACGGACGCGCAGCGCAAAAGUCGCCACAAACCGACGCGCGAUUGAAUACGUAAAAAUACGUAACAUACCCGUUUUGUUUGUUUAUCUGCAUAAAUUUGGCUGGUGGGAGGCUUCGGUGGCUAGUUACCGGCAAGCUUUCAUUUUAGACUACGCCAUCACUUACCAUUAGGUGAUUGGUGUAGUCAAAAAAUGCAUAAACUACAUCCCCAAGUUCUAGGCCUUCUUGUAAAAAUAAAUCGCAGGGUUUGAUGUCAGCUGUACAGUAUUUGGAAAUUAUUUAAAUAGUGAAUGGUAUAAAAUUUGUUAAAAUAAUAAUAUUAUUAUACGUUAAAUUGCUGUGCUAACUGCAUAGUGCCUUGUAGGUUGCCAAUCUAGUGCCUAAUGUACUGUAGGAUACACCAGGAAGAGAAUAUAUACCUAUACAGAUUUUUGAUUCUCUUGUUAGUCUGAUUGAAGCUUAAAAGCUUUGAAAAUGAACCUGGACCCCGAUUGGCAUUGAAAUUGUAAGUCAUUAAUCAAGACGUAAGUUUCACGUGAAAAAAAACAUCAUUAAUACUGUCUUUACAAGCUUUUUAACGUGUUAUUUGUGUGGUUGAAAUCUUAGAAUCUAAUAUAAGGCCAUUUCCUGUCUUUCGAAUGAUUGCACUUGCAUAUCUUCGGUGACAAUGCAAUAACAUGGAACUGGCCUGAUGAUGGAAGUCGAAAGAGCACCAUAGAAACCCCUAUAAGCUCAUCAAGUUUACACUCAUUUGACUUGGCAAAAAUUCUGGUACUCAAGUUAGAGCAUACACAUAAAAGCUUGUUCCGAAAAAUGUAUUUAAAAUUUUUAUUUAUAGAGAGAUCCAUUGUUAUCCAUCCAUCUUUUAAAAACAUCAUGAUUGGUCCAUUCUGAUGUUUACAUAUUAACAUACCACAAUUGACACGUUGUACCUACCCAUACAAAAUACUUACUUGUACGAAUAGUAUAAGUACCCUCUUAAAAAAACAAUCAUACAAACACAAUUAAUUACUUACGAAAUUGAUAAGUGAGUUAUAAUUUUAAUGACCAGCAGGCUGUAUAUUAAUUUACCCUUACCUAGUUAAUCAGACAAUUAUUUUUAUAGCUUAAGCUGCUGUUUCUUAGCGAUAUGUAUAAUUCAAUAUUAAACAAUUUAAUUUUUAUAAAUUCUGUCCUUCUAUGUCGGUAAUUGUUUUACUAAUAUUAAAAUUUGUGAACUUGUAUCCUAAAAUGUGAAUUUGAAUGCUAGGCUGAAAGAACCACCAGAGAUCUAAAAAUUAACAAGUAUUCCCACCGCAAUACAAAGUUAUUAAGUAAGUGGAAAUUAUUUCUGCGUCUUCUGCUAUGUAAACCUUAGAAAGAGUUCUAUAUAUUAUAUAGUUAUAGAUGAGGCGAAACAAACUCUUUAAAAGUUAGGAAAUUUUUAUUUUUAAAAAGGUUUUUUAUAUUUUAUAGAUAACUAACUGAUUAUGUGAAACUUGCAUUACGAUUGCAAAAAAAAACUGUUACUGUAUCAUUAUACAAAUAAUGUACAUAUACAUUCAGGUUAAAUUGAUUGUAUCUACAUCAAGAUAUGUAUUAUUUAUAUUCUUUGUAAUAAUAAAAUAAAUAAAUUAAAAAUAAAUAUUGUGCGGUUUUAUCAAUUGUCCUGGUUAUUGUUGUAGACCAACAUUUUAUUACAUUUUAAUUUAAUAUUAUAAA